CACGGGACCAGCUGCGCAACUCACUUCAGACGCUUUCGAGCUACGAGACGAGGUGGACGUGCGUACGUUUGUUGUGCGCCCGAGCAGUGUCGCGCGAGACUCACGGUGCCGUGUUAUUUCCUCUCCGCCCACCCCUCUCGACCUCGGAGAAAAGGGUCGUGAACACCUGCGGUGAGAGAGAGAGAGAGAGAGAGAGAGAGAGAGAGAGAGAGAGAGAGAGAGAGAGAGAGAGAGAGAGAGAGAAAGAGGCUCGCCAGUCGGUGGAUCGCAGAACAGCUCGCGCCCGUGGGCAGCCCUCGUUUCGCAGUCCGGUCCCCCGUCGCCGUUUCUUCCAUGCGUCGUCUGAGCACGCGGUCGAGCACGCGCCGCCGACCCGAGAUGCGCCACCAGGUAUUUAUGUAGUACCGACCAUCGCCGCCUUCGAGCGUCGCACAUUCGCCACCCUUGGCGUCCCUCCCUCCGUCAGUGAGGAGGAAACAACCACCCCGGCGCCCCCGGAGGAAGGCUCGUCGUCGAGCAGCGUGAGGGUUGAGAAGGCGACGGAUAGAGGAGGAGAAGGAGGAGGAGGAGGAAGGCAGAGAGGCAACGAUUUUGGGCAAAAGUGGAACCGCUGCGAUGGAUCAGAAACGCGUGUACAAGUUAGUGCUGACCGGAGGACCAUGCGGUGGCAAGACAACCGGACAGACCAGGCUGUGCACCUUCUUCGAAAACAUGGGCUGGAAGGUGUUCCGUGUCCCCGAGACAGCGACCGUGCUGCUCAGUGGCGGCAUCAAGUUUUCAGACCUGAACGCGGAGGAGGCAUUCAAAUUUCAGGAAAAUCUCUUGCGCACGAUGAUACAAAUCGAGAACACGUUUUUUCAAUUGGGUGAGAGCUGUUCGAGGAAUUGUCUGAUCAUCUGUGAUCGCGGCGCGAUGGACGCCUCCGCAUUCAUUUCGAAGGAUAAAUGGGAACUUAUGAUGGCCUCGAACGGAUGGAAUAACGUCGAACUAAGAGACAACAGGUACAACCAGAUCAUCCACAUGGUUUCGGCCGCGAACGGCGCCGAGGAUUUCUACUCCACGGAGGAACACGCGUGUCGCUCCGAGGGUGUCGAACUCGCUCGCGAGCUCGACUACAAGGCCGCGGCUUCCUGGGUCGGCCACCCGUACUUCGAUGUUAUUGACAACUCGCAGGAUUUCGAAACGAAAAUCUGCCGGAUGAUCGAGUGCGUGUGCCAGAAACUAGGUAUCGACACCGGCGACCGGUUGCGCGCCAGCAGUCGCAAGGUCAAGUUCCUCGUGGCGGCGCCGCUGCCGGCGGACAGCGAGUUCCCACCUUUCCAGGACUUCGACGUUGUGCAUAAUUACCUCCAGAGCAACAAUCCCAAGAUGCAGGCACGUCUACGCAAGCGCGGCCAGAAAGGUCACUGGUCAUAUAUUCAUACGAUUCGCCGGCCGAAAAUGUGCGGCCAAGUGAUCGAGGUGAAGACCCAGCUGACGCAUCGAGACUACCUGAACAUGUUGGCCCAGCGCGACGAUUCGCAUUUCACUAUCUUCAAACGUCGCCGUUGCUUUCUCAUCAACAAUCAGUAUUUUCAGUUAGACAUAUAUAGAGAACCGGCGCAUCCCAGAUGUCGAGGCUUAAUGUUACUCGAGACGUACACAGCGUUGACGGGUGACGAAUUGAUAAACAUUUUACCUCAAUUCCUGACGAUCGAGAAGGAAGUCACCGGUAACCCGGACUAUAGCAUGUUCAAUCUCAGCUUGCGCGAAGAAUGGGGCAGCACCAACAAAUACUGCCACAACUUGUAUGGCACCAUGCAGUUGGCAGAGAAUCAAGGUAUUCCGAUUUCGAAGGGUAUAACGACCGAAAUACAAAGCAACGGACUCGACUUCAAAACCGGUGGCACAUUGGGUCCGAUUACAAAGCAUCAACAGGCUAUCGUUAACAAAAGCGUUAACGGCGCCCGAAACAGUCUCACGAAUGGUAAGGCGACGUUCGCCGAGCGAUGUAACAUAAUCGGCAACGAUCAACAACCGGAAAUUCGUAAUGGCGAUUUGACCAUGAGGCCGGACGAGGGUUUGCGGGAAGUGAAGACCAAUAAACCGCAGAAGAAUGGAUUCGAUAAGAUUUUAAUGCAGGGACAUGCGAAAAAUUAAAGAACAAUAAGUCUUUUACUAAUAAGCAAUUCGCGAAUAAUUCCGAACUGUAGCAGGGACUUAACGUUAUCAGUGUCGGCGCGAAUUAUCUGAAAUUAAUAUUGAGUAAACAACAACUACUAGUGCGAUAGACUUCUAAAAUUUCACACAGAUAAUAUCUAUUUUUUAAUCAAACUUGCGUGUCGUACUUAAGGAAUUUUCGUGGGUCUGGUGGUUUCGUCAACGUCGAAUAAAACUUGGAUCAAAAUCAAGACCCAACAUAAAUCUCUCGAGAACAUGACGAAAUUCGCACGGAAAUUUCAGAAAACCUAAAGAUAUUUAAAAAAUUUUUAAAUAAUAAAUUUUUCAUCUCUUUAACGCUUUCUUACAAUUUUAAAAAGUCUUUAAAAUUUCAGAUUAAAAAAGAAUAUUUGGAGGGGAAUGUCGAUUAAUGUUGUCACUUUCGUCAAACCCUCGUGUGAUAUUUGAGGCGAAUUUUUGAUGAUACAGUUUCACAAUUCACUCAUUAUUCCUUUUUGAAUUUCCACGAGAAAGAAAAGAUAAAGAUGAGAGUUAAAGAUGAAUUAAGCAAGAGUUAAGAUUACGCAACAUUGAUGAAACAAGGUCUCAUGCAGGUUUUCAAUACAGUUGAACGAGCGAUGUGCAUUGACGCACCAAAUAUUUGUACUUUACUUUACUCUAGUUUACUCUAUAUAUGCCUCAAGUAUUGUCCAACAACUUUCGAAAGUUCGGAAGAACGAUUGUGAUAGAGAAAUGCGCGUAUCGUAUUAGAAAAAGAAAAACAGCGUUUGGGAAUGCGAAUCAUAAAAAGCAAGAGAAGUAUCGAGCAUUUGAGUAACGCUAUCGGGCCACAUAUCCUAGGGAAUGGUUAGAAAAUUCUCUUAGGACUUAUCGCAAAAUCUUUUUAUAAAGAAUUUAAAUGUGUUAAAUAUGUCCGUAACGUACUUAAUGUCAAAAAAAAGGAAAGUCAUAAAAGAUGUUAAAAAUUUACGUUCCGACGAUAUUGUAGGAUUUUACGAUACGUAGAUGAUACUGUAAUUGCAAUAUCGAAGUACAGGUUUUAAAGUGAGCUAUCAGAUCUUUAUCAAUUAUAUAAAUUUCUCUACAUGUUUCAGGAAAAAAUCGGUAUAUUAAGAUAUUUCACAAAAUCCUUGAAGCGCUAAUUCACUCGCGGCAACUUUGAGAACGAGCUGCUUGCAAAUAUAUAAUAUAUUCUUGUUUUUUAAUUAAAACCAAAAAUAAUGAAUUUCUAAAAUCUUUACGUAAAAGUUAACUCGAUUGAUCGCAAAGUAAUACCAAUGUUUUACUUAAUUGGAGAAAAGAAUCGAAACUUUUAUAACAGUUAUAACUUUUUAAUGUUAUUCGAACUAUUGCUUUUAAAGAUUUCCAAUAUGUAUAUUUAUUAUCUCUUUUUUAUCUUUUAUCUUUUGAGAAUGAAAUCUUUUAGCCUUUUUUACUGCAAUUUUAGGAGAAAGUUGAAUUUAAAAUUUUUCUGAUUUUGAGGAUUGAAGAUAAUACAAAACUGUAUUCGAAGUAUUUUCGAGCAACUAAUGCAAAUUAAUUCUCUUUUAUCGACGGGCCAAAGUUUUCUCGUUUUUUUUGUAGAGUAUUCUCAAACUUUCUAAGAUUUGUAUAUAUUUCUUUAGCAUGUAGGAAUUCCUAAUUUUUUCGAUCUCGAAAAAUCGUAAAUCUGAUAACUCACUAGAAAAAAAAUAUGGCAAUGUCGUAUGAUAGCCUGUUGUUACAAUCGCGGCAAACUUCUAACGAUCGAAUAUAUCAGUACUUAAUAGGUGCUUGCCUAUAGAAGUAAUUAAUUUAGUUGUAUAUAAUGUGGCACAGUUAUUUUUGUCGAAUCUACAUUUCUGUGAUUCAUUGUAAUAUGUGUUAACGAUGUAAUCGCGAGAGAUCUCACAGAUAAUGGGACAAAUAAUUUGUUGGAAAAAGAGAUUACGAUAGAGAUGAUGAUAGAAAGAUGUUUUGCGAAAUCCCGUAUAUUUUGCUCGUGACCUUCAAAAUUUGAUGAAUUUUGCGAUGACGCUUACCCACACGUGUCGCUUUCGCAUUUUCUACACGCCAAACUCUCUGAUCAUUCACAAAUUUUUGCCACUGUUUAGAGACGAAGUGCCUGUGAAACAUUCAUUCGCGAAAAUAAAGAGAAAGAGAAUAAUAUAUAUGUAUAUAUAUAAAUAUAUAUAUGUAUAAAACACGAAAGUCUAUAUUUUCAUUCGAUGAUGCAACAGUGAAUUAUCAACGCGCACUCAGUUUACGUAGAUAAUGGAUCUGAACAACAGAAUGUUGUACCCAUAAGCGUCUAAUAAUAAAACAAUGUCACGUGCC